UAGUGCACAUUUUACCGAGAGCAAGCCACAUGUCAUUAGCCUAAUCUCCUUUGCAACCGCUACAAUGGCGACCGCGAAAGCAGGAUUUUCCUCUCACCUCUUCAUAUAUAUAAAUGGAACCAAUUAAUCUCCAACGGUCAUCCAUUUCCCAUUACUGUGCUUUGGCUUCGAAAGAUCACCCUCAUGCAUUUGCUUUGUCUUUAGCUUUUGGAAUUCUUGGUCACUGCGAUAUAUUUCAUCUGGAUUCUGCGAGUUUUUAUCCAUAUUCUUUUGGGACAACAAAGACUUGGGCAUGGAGAUGCGUUUGGAUCCUUGGAAAGUCCGAGAAAUGUUGGUGGGUUACAGUUUUCUUGGUAGCAAGAAAGCCGUUUCUUGUGAUUUGUAUACAUACCUCGCAGGAUUUUAGUCUUGGAACAAGUGCUUGAGCAGGUGGAGAGUACAGCUGGGGCAGAGAAUGGCUACAGGAACUGAGUUCUCGCCUCAGAUGGCCGUAAUGGAUGGUGGGUGCUUGAAGGAAACUGGUGUGACUACCAUGGAGGGUCAGAAUUAUAAUAAUGAUGAUACAUUGGAAAGCAUGGCCCAGAUUAAUACGAGGAAACCCCCGCGAAACCUCUCUGUUAUGCGGCAUUGCACUAGCUCUGCUUUGUUGGCUGAAUCGGAAUUAGAUAUUGGGAAUUUAGGCUUGAAGUCACCUUCGGAUGAGAAAGCUGGAUUUUUACCUAUAUGUCGCUCAGGAAGCUGUUCUGAGAAGGGGCCAAAACAGUACAUGGAGGAUGAGUACAUCUGUGUAGAUAAUCUUGAUCAACAUCUUGGCAUUGCAGCAAAAUUCUCUUGUCGUGGUGCAUUUUAUGGGGUGUUUGAUGGACAUGGCGGUAUAGAUGCUGCGUCAUUCAUCAGAAAGAACAUACUUAACUAUAUUGUUGAAGACCCUCAUUUCCCAUCUGGAAUGAAAAAGGCAGUUAGGAGUGCUUUUGUGAAGGCUGAUCAUGCAUUUGCAGAUGCUGCAACUCUUGAUAGCUCCUCUGGCACCACGGCUCUGACUGCCCUAAUCAUGGGAAGGACCAUGUUAAUUGCUAAUGCUGGGGAUUCUCGAGCGGUGUUGGGCAAGCGAGGAAGAGCAAUUGAGCUAUCCAAAGACCACAAACCCAACUGCACCUCUGAAAGACUUAGAAUUGAGAAAUUGGGUGGUGUCAUUUAUGAUGGCUACCUUAAUGGUCAAUUGUCAGUGGCACGUGCCCUUGGAGACUGGCAUAUCAAGGGCUCUAAAUGUUCAAACUGCCCGUUAAGCUCUGAGCCAGAAUUAGAGGACAUUGUCUUGACAGAAGAAGACGAGUUUCUGGUAUUGGGUUGCGAUGGCUUGUGGGAUGUGAUGAGCAGCCAGUGUGCAGUUACGAUGGUGAGGAAGGAACUAAUGGUGCAUAAUGAUCCUGAGAAGUGUUCAAGAGCACUUGUCAAGGAGGCACUCCAACGUAACACCUGUGAUAACCUGACAGUUAUUGUGGUCUGUUUCUCUUCAGAUCCACCUCCUAAGAUUGAAAUUCCUAAAUCCCAUAAGAGGAGGAGUAUAUCAGCUGAAGGGCUUGAUCUUCUCAAGGGCGUCUUGAAUGGUUUAUGAACAAGAUUUUUCAGAAGACUUUUUUCAAGACAAGAAUGGAUGUAUACUUCUUCUAUGGGGCAUUUUUCUCACCAUGUGUUGCCCCCUCCCAACUGUGGUCCGACAUUUGCUGGUUUCUUUGAAAAAUCGUAUUGUGUAUUUGAGAUACUUGUGGACAGUCUAAGACUCUAAAUUCUGUAGGUUUUUAUUUUUCAGAAUUUCUAUUACCAUUUAUAACUUGUUUUAUGACUUCGAAUUCGGCAAGUUUUGAUUAGUAAUGGCAUGUGUAACUUCAAGAA